UGUGAUUUUUAUUAAUCGUGUCAUAAUUUAAUCACCUUUAUUUUACUUAAAUUGAUUUCCUAUUUAAAUAAUAACUCACUACAUCAAUUAAACCAUUUUUUAAUAAAUAAAAGUAAAAAUUAAAAAUAGUAUCCAGUAAAAGGAGGGGUAGAAUAGUAAUUCUAUGAACACUGCCUCGGAGGGACAACUAUAUAUAAGAGCAAACCGAAAACACAAAAAAGGAGCGCGCACAGAUACGCGAUGCUCAAAUACACGUAACGACCGCGCGCGCAACAGUUGCGAAGCACAGAGAUUAAAGGAAAAAAAAAAAGCCAAAAAGAGAAAAGAAAAAGAAGAGGAGAAAAUAUAGGGCCAUUCUUAUUGCUAUACUAACACAAUCAUCACCCACAGAUUUUCCUCAAGACAAAUCCCUCAAAGCACUAAAUCAUUAUUUGUUUUGUUUUGUUUGUUUGUUUGUUUUUAAUCAAAAACAAACGAACAGACAAUGCUGCUGAUGAAAAGAAGAAGAGGAUUACUCUGUGGACAAGGAGGUGAUGAUGAUGGAUUAUUAGGUGGAGGUGAUGAUAAAGAUAUUGAUGAUGGAAGUCAUUUUAGUAUCACAGGUGAAAUCCUGCCGUCUCUCGGCGCCACCGCCCGUUCUCAUCGCCGUAUUCAACUUCGUCGCUUUAUUGUCUCUCCGUUUGAUCCACGUUACAGAAUAUGGGAGACAUAUUUGGUGUUUCUAGUAUUCUACACAGCAUGGGCAUCGCCAUUUGAAUUUGGAUUCCUUGAAAGGCCAACAGGAACACUUGCUGUAAUCGAUAAUGUUGUCAAUGCGUUUUUUGCAAUUGACAUUGUUUUGACAUUUUUUUUAGCAUACCUUGAUAAAUCUACUUAUCUUCUUAUUGAUAACCGAAAGCAGAUUGCUUUAAGAUAUGCUAGAACCUGGUUGGCCUUUGAUGUUAUCUCCACUAUUCCUUCUGAACUUGUCAGGACUAUUUUGCCUGAUGGUUUUCAGACUUAUGGCUAUUUUAGUAUGCUUCGCCUUUGGCGUCUUAGGAGAGUCAGUCGAUUUUUCGCAAGAUUGGAAAAGGAUAGGAACUAUAGCUACUUCGUGGUUCGAUGCUCGAAGCUCGUAUGCGUUACCCUCUUUGUUAUUAAUAUUGCUGGCUGCUUUUAUUAUCGUCUUGCUGCAACUUAUCAUGACCCUGCAAAUACAUGGAUUGGGUCAGUCUGGAAAGACUUUCAUAAGGAGAGGUUGUGGAUCCGUUAUGUAACAUCACUCUACUGGUCUAUAACCACACUCACUACAACUGGUUAUGGUGAUCUGCAUGCAGUAAAUGACAGAGAGAUGGUAUUUACCAUGUGCUACAUGAUGUUUGAUCUUGGACUCACUGCAUAUUUGAUUGGAAACAUGACCAACUUGGUUGUCCAUGCAACUAGUCGAACAAGGCAAUUCAGAGACACUAUACAAGCUGCAUCAAGUUUUGCACAGAGGAACCAGCUUCCUGUUCGCCUGCAAGACCAGAUGAUUGCUCAUUUGAGCCUGAAGUACAGAACUGAUUCGGAGGGACUGCAUCAGCAAGAGACAAUCAAUUCCCUUCCAAAGGCCAUUCGGUCAAGCAUUGCAAGCUAUCUUUUCUAUUCAUUGGUAGAUAAGGUGUACUUGUUUCGAGGGGUAUCAAAUGACUUACUUUUCCAAUUGGUUGCUGAGAUGAAGGCAGAGUACUUUCCUCCUAGAGAAGAUGUGAUUUUACAGAAUGAAGCACCCACAGACAUGUAUAUAUUGGUCACUGGUGCUGUGGAUCUUGUUGUGAAAAAGAAUGGAAUAGAGCAGGUUGUUGGUGAGGCGAAGACAGGAGAAUUUAUUGGUGAGAUUGGCUUGGUCUGUUACCGGCCACAAAUGUUCACAGCUCGGACCAAAAGAUUGAGUCAGCUGCUGCGUAUGAACCGUACUGUAUUUUUAAAUAUUGUACAGUCAAAUGUUGGAGACGGGACGAUAAUUAUAAACAAUCUUCUUCAGCAUUUGAAAGAGUUGAAGGAUCCAAUGAUGGAAGGAGUUCUAUCAUACACAGAGCAAAUGCUGGCUCGUGGGAGAAUGGAUCUGCCUCUUACUUUAUGCUUUGCUGCUAUGAGAGGUGAUGAUCUCUUGUUGCAUCAGUUACUUAGACGGGGCUUAGAUCCAAAUGAGUGGGAUAACAAUGAGAAAACUGCCUUGCAUUUUGCAGCUUCAAAUGGGAGUGAUCACUGUGUAAUGCUCCUUCUAGAGUACGGAGCAGAUCCCAACAGAAAAGAUUCAGAAGGCAAUGUGCCCCUUUGGGAAGCAUUAUUGGGAAAGCAUGAAUCUGUGGUUCAACUGCUCUUAGACAACGGAGCCAGCUUUUCUUCUGCAGAUGUGGGUCAAUUUGCACUGGCAGCCAUUGAGCAAAAUAACUUGGAUUUGCUCAAGGAAAUUACGAAUUGUGGGGGAGAUGUAACACAGCCCACAAGGACUGGAAUUAUACCACUUCAUUCAGCAAUUUCUGAUGGAAACUUUGAAAUGGUUAAGUUCCUUUUGGACCAAGGAGCUGAUGUUGAUAUGCCAGAUGUCCAUGGAUGGACAGCAAGGGCUUUGGCAGAUCAUCAGGGCCAUGAAGAAAUUCAAGCUUUGAUCCGAACGACGCAGGGGAGGGAAAAAAAGCCGGUUCCUACUAUACCAAGGCAGCCAGGGGUGCCAUAUCACGAAAAGCCUAUAGUCAAGCAUAGUAGUGAACCUACAAUACCAUCUUUGACCCAUGAUGUUAUGCGACCUGCCCCUGAGACAAUAAAUACAGACAGUCGCCAAAGGAGAAGAGUGGACAAUUUCAACAAUUCUCUUUUCGGGUUCAUGUCAGGUGCUAAUGCUGGUGAGAAUGAUCUGAUGCCAUCUUCAACCGGGGCUGCUGGUUUUGCGAAUUUCACCUAUCCAGCUAGAGUGACUAUCAGUUGCCCAGAAAAAGGUGCAGUUGAUGGAAAGCUUGUUCUAUUGCCAAAGUCACUAGAAGAACUACUGGAUAUUGGUGCCAAGAAAUAUGGAUUUGUUCCAACCAAAAUUCUUAACAAAGAAGGAGCUGAAAUUGAAGAUAUCGAGCUCAUUAGAGAUGGUGAUCAUCUUGUUCUUACCAGCAAUACCGGCACCGGAAUGUAAUGAUCUUUAGAUGGGUGAAAGAGUUGGUCGGAGACAUGGAUCAUCACCCCCUUAAAAUCAUAUUGGCCCACCAAGUCCUACACGAAAUCAUGCCACCUAAUCAAUAAGCGAUUUUGAGCAUAUGGGAACAUAUUAAUAGUUCUACUGCUUUUGCUCCCGAAGGUGGUAAAUAGUAAAAUUGUGUACAAAAGUUACAGGAAAAAAGAAAAAAAGGAACUGUAAAUACAAGUGUGAAGAUAGGAGCAAUGGUGGUGAUUAAAGAAAAGAAGUGAUCCAAAGAGGAGGUUUUGGAUCAUCUACUGUACUUAACAAAAUGAUAGAGUUUUUCUUUAUACUGUUUCUGCGAAGAAAAUGUCACUGACAAAAAGUAAAGAAAAGAAAACAUUACUAAAUGUGGUUUAUCAUAUUUGUUAUAUCUCAAAUCUUCUUUUGGAAA